AUGAUUGCACCGGGUAUUGAUAUUGCUGUAGAAAAAGUGCAAAAUGAUCGCAAUCUACUGACGGAUGCCAAUAUAUCCGUGGCCUACGUCGAUUCCGAGUGUUCAAAUCAUGCCUCGAUGAUACGAGCUGUGGAACUCAUGGGAAAUAUUAAGGGACUCGGUGUGGAGGCAUUCUUUGGACCCGCUUGUGAAUACGCCGCUGCUCCUGUUGCAAGAUUCGCCUCACAUUGGCAAAUCCCCGUACUAACAACGGGGGCGAAAGCCCAGACCUUCGGACAAAAGGAAAAAAAGGAAUACGAAAUGGUCACAAGGGCUCAUCCGCCUCACAUCAAAAUGGCGGAGGCGUUUGUGGAGGUGUUACAAUAUUUUAAUUGGAAGCGAAUAGCAGUAUUACACCAAGACGACGGUACCCGUCCUUUCCGGGAUUGUUGGUUUUUCAACGCUGCGCUCUUUGCAGCCAUGAAUGCUGCUGGAAUCGAGUACCCAGACGAAAAACGUUACGAAACGUUCAGUGAAUAUUCCCCCAGAGAAGUGGACCACGAUUACUCUGAGUUGCUGAAAACGAUGGUUAUACCUCAGGCUAGAAGUAAGUCGCUCUAA